UGUUUUUUCCGGAGAAUAAUCUAGUGAAAAAUGAUCCAUGCACAAAUAUCAAGUUCCCAGACUAUUCUGUCCUUCAACUACUUUCCAAUCUAAACUGAUCAUGUUAAAGUAAUUAAUCUUUUUUUUUUCAUUGUAAAUGUUCAAUGUCAUUUCCUUAAUUUGUUUUCCAAAUCUAUUUUCGCCAAAAUUAUCUAAUGAAAUCAUUAUAUUAUAAUUUUUUGAAUUUCAAUCUAAGAUUGAAUUUUUAUGUCUCACCUGGAAAGAAAGAAAAUAAAUAAAAGAAAGGCAUAAUCACGAAAAAAAAAAAAAACUUAAAACAAGUGUAGACUCCAACACAGUGUUCUCUGAACCUAUUUUCAGAAUCGGAAAACAAAAAAGGUAUGAAGGAGAAUCAGCAAUCAGUUUUGGUGGAAUCGGCCGCUCGUUUCCCUCCACCAAAAGGGGUGAAGCUGUCAUACGGGACAGCUGGGUUUCGAGCUGAUGCAUCGUUGCUGGAAUCAACGGUGUUCAGAGUGGGGAUAUUGGCGGCGUUAAGGUCAUUGAAGACUGGAUCAGUGACAGGUGUGAUGAUCACUGCAUCGCAUAAUCAAGUAUCAGACAAUGGAGUCAAAGUGGCUGACCCGAGUGGUGGAAUGUUGACUCAGGAUUGGGAGCCUUUUGCUGAUGCCAUUGCUAAUGCACCUGAUCCAUCUUCCCUCCUUCAGCUAAUAAUUGAAUUUGCAAAGAAAGAAGAUAUUAGCUUUGAAGGAGGACGGCCAGCGGAGGUGUUAUUAGGAAGAGACACAAGGCCUAGCGGAGAGGCUCUCCUUGAUGCUGCCAAACAAGGAAUCUCUUCAAUUGUUGGAGCAAUUGGGACUGACAUGGGAGUAGUGACAACACCACAACUGCAUUGGAUGGUUCGAGCAAGAAAUAGAGGCAUGGAGGCUUCUGAAUCUAGUUAUUUUCACCAGCUUUCAAGUUCUUUCAGGUGUUUGAUGGAUUUGAAGCCUGAGGGAAUCAGGAAAAAUGUUGAUGAUAAUACAUUGGUGGUGGAUGGGGCUGAUGGUGUUGGUGGUGAAAAGCUUGACCAUUUUAAGAAGAUGUUGACUGGGUUGUGCAUUGAAGUUCGUAACCGGGGAGAUGGUAUGCUUAAUGAAGGUGUUGGAGCUGACUAUGUUCAAAAAGAGAAGGUCGCUCCACGUGGAUUUGGUCCUGCCGAUGCUGGGUUAAGGUGUGCCAGUUUGGACGGGGAUGCUGAUCGGCUAGUCUAUUUUUCAGUUAAAUUGAAUGAAAACGACAAGAUUGAACUCGUUGAUGGGGACAAGAUAUUGUCGUUGUUUGCUUUAUUUAUUAAGGAGCAACUAAGUAUUUUAAACGAGGGUGAAAGCAAAAAAGAAAAUGACUCUUACCGAGCACAUCUAGGUGUUGUGCAGACCGCUUAUGCGAAUGGGGCAUCAACUGAUUACCUUAAAGAGAUGGGUCUAGAAGUUGUGCUUACUCCAACAGGAGUCAAAUACUUGCAUGAAAAAGCUACCGAAUUUGAUAUUGGCAUAUAUUUUGAGGCGAAUGGGCAUGGAACUAUCUUGUUUUCAGAAGCUUUCCGAUGCCGGCUGGAGUCUACUCACAAGACACUUUUAUCAACAUCAGAAGGUUCAGCAAAACAGAAAGCUGCUUCAAGACUUCUGGCUGUCAGUCAGUUGAUUAAUCAGGCUGUGGGAGAUGCUUUAAGUGGACUUCUUCUAGUGGAGGUUAUCUUACAAUACAUGGGAUGGUCCAUAUGUAGAUGGAAUGAGCUUUAUCAUGAUCUACCUAGCAGACAAUUAAAGGUAAAGGUUGUCGACAGAACUGCAGUUGUCACAGCAAACGCAGAGACCGUGGCUGUUCGGCCUAUUGGUAUUCAAGAAGCCAUUAAUGCUGAAAUAGCAAAAUAUACCCAAGGACGAUGUUUUAUUAGACCAUCUGGGACAGAGGAUGUCGUAAGAGUAUAUGCUGAAGCAACCACCCAGGAUGCUGCAGAUGCACUAGCCUCUUCCGUUGCUGAACUUGUAGAUCAGUAUCUUGGUUCUGGCACUACUUGAUUAACUCACUAACAAAAUAGUCGCAAUUUUGAAUUUUUUAACUGCUUUUUAGUAGAUUGAAUACUCAAUUGAGAGAAAAAAAAAUCAUUAUUAUCCAUCUGUUUUGGUGUGUUAUUAGCUCUUUGUUAGGCCGUUUUGGAUCACGCUAUAUGGUCCUUAAGGGGCCUCUCCGGUAGAAUUAUUGAGAAGUAUAGAUAAACUGGAGCAUAUUUUGUAACUGCUUUUGACAACUAUAGUGUUUGCAUCUUCCAUUUAUGCAUCUUGCUCAAAGUUUAUAUUGGCA